GAAGAUGAAAGAGAGUUUCCGAAAUGGAUGACACAUUACUGUAGUGAUCACCAAAUACUUUUGGUUGGUGAUGGCGAUUUCUCAUUCUCACUUUCCCUCGCUAAAGCAUUUGGUUCUGCCGAUAACAUUGUUGCUACUUCUCUCGACACCAAUGACGAGGUUAUCAAGAAGUACAAGAAUGCUAAGUCAAAUCUAGAAGCAUUGCAGAAGCUGGGAGCAUGCUUGUUAGAUGGAGUUGAUGCUACAGCAAUGAAAUUUCAUCCCGAUUUAAAAAUGCGAAGGUUUGAUCGCAUAAUAUUCAACUUUCCUCAUGCUGGCUUUUACGGGAAGGAAGAUAACUUGAAGAUGAUCAAGAUGCAUAGGAAUCUUGUGUCUGGUUUCUUCAAGAAUGCAAGUCACAUGCUUAGGGAAAAUGGUGAAGUUCAUGUCAAUCACAAAACUACUCCUCCUUUUGAUACCUGGAAGAUAGAAGAGCUCGCCGAGCAAAGCUUUUUGAUAAUGAGCGAGUGUGCUGAUUUCAAGCAGGAAGAUUAUCCAGGUUAUAACAAUAAGCGAGGUGAUAGCUAUCGAUGUGAUGAUCCGUUUCCUCUUGGUAAGUGCAGCACUUUCAAGUUUAUAUACAAUCCUAGAAGUAUGAAAGACCAUUUGAGGAGAAAUCAUAUGGAGGUUUCUAGACAGCAGAUGACAACAAAUCUUUCAUUUCAAGAGAUUCAGAACAUGGAGCUAUUUCCAGCUCCAGUUGAUCUCAGUUAUCAGCCUCGAGCAAGUCUCGUUCAAAAACCGAAUCAGCUCGAUUACUACCCUCAGACAAGUCACUUUCCGAAAUCAGAUCAACUCGAUCAUUACCCUCACACAAGUCUCUUUCCAAAAAGGAAUGAACCAUUAAGGUCGGAAUUUGAUUUAAGAAAUGGAAACAAUACAAUCUCAAACAAUGUGACAGAAAUACAUGGAAGAGUUGCUUCUUCUGCUGACUAUUCUCAUUAUGCUCCGGAUGCGACACAAGAAACUCAAAUAUUGCUAUUGCUUCUUCUGCUGACUAUUCUCAUUAGGCUCCAGAUGUGACACAAGUCACUCAAAGAUUGCUACAGCCACUGGAGUCAAGUUACAACCAAUCUUCGCAACAACGGCCGACACCAACUAAUUGUAGACUUUGUUUGACAGAACACCAUAGAAGAAUGGUACAAUGCUGAAGUUCCUAGGAGAGUUUUUGUAUAGAAAUCUAUGUUAUGCAAUGAAUAUGUUGAUGCUACAUAGAAGGAUGAUAUUUUGUUACAUACUGUAUAGCUAGAAGGAGUUGUGAAACUGGUGAUUUUGUUAUCAACAUUUAGUUUAUGUUGAUCUUU